AUGAAAAUUAGAAAUUUCAAUAAACAAUUUAGUUUAAAAUCUAUCAAUAAUACCACAGGAAAUGUUGACGCCGUUGAAUUUACAUCAAUGUACUCGGGACCACCGUUUGCCAUGGCUAGUAGACAGAUUGAAAAUGGUCUUUUAGAUUGUAAAGAAUUAUUGGAUUCGAAAAUGUUUUACAAUGUAUCAAAUUCAACAAAUAACAAUUGUGGUAUCACCGUUACUACUAACAACAAUAUAAGUAGUCAUUGUUUUUUACCAUCUGGGAAUAAAUAUGAAUGUGUUCAUUCACUUUUGUCAAAUGAAGAACAAGCGAAUAGUAGUUUAAAAUCAUUGCCAAAACGUAAAUUCUUAUCACAGCGAUACAAAUCAAUGGAUCAAGCUAUGAAACCGGCUAAAAAUAAUGAACAAUCAGUUAAAACUUCCAGUAAAUCUGUCGAGUUUAUUGAAUGCGGAAAUUAUAAACCAGUUACUGCAGAAAAUCCAUCCGAUCAACCUGAAUAUAUUGAAAUUAAAUCCACAAUGAAUAAUCACAUGAAAUCAAUGUUUGCCAAUCUGUUACAUAUUAAAUCACUGACAUGUUGUAAACCAAAUAUAAAUUCUAAUUUAUGCACACAUUUAUCAGACUAUAUUCAUGCAACAAAUCGACGUAAAGAAAUUGUUAUCGUUAUCAUUGUAUUGUCCAUAUUAUUAUUGAUUAUUAUCAUUAUUACUAUGAUAGUAUUGUAUAAAUUCAAUGAUGACUCACCAAUCUCUUCAUCAUAUACAUCGGCAACACAGUCGCCAACAUUCUCAUCAUCAUCAUCAUCAUCAUCAGCAGCAGCAGCAUCCAUACGAUUAUCAUCGGAAUUAUUAAGUUUAAAACCAUUACAGUCGUCAGUAGAAAGGAUACCGAAUUAUAAUAACCUACAUAAUAUAUCCAUAAGUUCGUCUGCUAAUCCCACUGAUCAUAAUAAUGAUAGUAAUGAUAGUAAUCACAAUCAUAUGCAUAACAGUAACAAUAGUAGCAGUAGUAGUACAGAACAAAAGUGUAAAACACAAAAAUUUUGUUUAAAUAUCAGUUGUUUACAAAUUGCAUCCAUUCUAGCUGAACGUCUAGGACGAUAUAAUCGACCAAAGAGUAUCGCCAACAUGUUAAAUAAUCAAUGUACCAUAGAAAAUCUUGAUCAAAUUAUUAAAAUAUUUUAUAUUGGUGAUGAAUUCCAUUUUUCAACACAUGAAAAUAGUUUGUAUAAAUUUAAACAAAAGCGUUUAUCUACAUUAUGGUCAUUGGUGAGUGAUGAAUUGCAAGGUUAUAUCAUUGAAGAUAAAAAACGUCCAUUAUUUUUAUGGACAGAAAAAUUAGCUUAUUUAUUUCAACAUUUAAUUGAUAAGUAUAUGUUUAAUAAAAAUGUGACAAAUAUAACUCUUAUCAAUGCUACUUAUAAUACUACUACUUAUAAUACUACUCAUAAUGCUAGUAAAGGUGGCAUUCCUAAUGAAGACAAAUCUUUUCAUGAUAACAACAAUCUUAAGCCUAUUGAUAAUGAUACAUUUUCAUUUGAAUCAAAUGAUGCCGAUAAUAAUAAUAAUCAGAAGAAUGAAAAUUCUAGUUUAAUGUAUUCUUCAUUUCAAUCUAAUAAUCAGUUGUUUUUAACUACUAAUAAACAAACUUCCAAACCAUUGAUUACCGCAACAAUGAAAAUGAUUGGACCGAGUGAAUUUGAAACAAUCAGUAUGUCAUUUAAAACAGAAUUAGAACAAUUGAAUGAUUUAUUGAAAUUAGGAAAUAUUGCAUUUCAUGGAUUAGACACUGUUCUAAUUAAUGUGCAAUUGAAUUUACGUGUACCGUUAUUCUUUUCUGCAUGGAUUGAACGUUCUCAUACGCCUGGUUUAAUGGAUUCACUUAUACCAGUGUUAGAUAAUUAUGAACAACCAGAGUUACCUACUUAUGAAGAGUUGGAAAAUUAUCUACCAGAUAAAUCGAAACCUUUUACCGCCUCGUCAACAUCCGAAUUAUUUAAAACACCAUCGUUGGAUUAUUCAGCAUCAUCCUCACCGUUAACAUCCUCUUCUUCGAUACCGUUUCUAUGGAAUCGUGUUCACGAACUACAUCAAUACAUUCACCAUCUUGGUCAAUUAGCAUGGAAAGCAAGGUAUUCAGAUAUUGCGGAUAGAGAUGCUUCAGAUGGACCGUCUAAAUCCUUAAAAUUGUCCGGAGUUUUACCUGUUUUGUAUAAACUUCAAAAGUUAAAUCAUCAUGAUGAAAUGAAUACAACAAAAGCGCAAAAAAUGACUUUACGUGAAUUAAUGCAAAUUACUCAACAUACUAUCAACUUUCCACGUUAUUUGGGCAAGCUAACGUCAUGGAAUCAUUUGACUGUUAUGCCUAGAGAUAUGCAAGUAUGGGUUACAAAUAUUGACUAUUAUGAUAAAUUAGGUCGAGUGUUACAAGAAAUAUCAUUCAGUGAACUACAAGAUUACAUCACAUUUUCAAUACUUCACAAAUAUGGUGGAUAUGUUGAUCAACAAGCUGCACAGUUAAAGAAUAAAUUUUUAAAACCAUAUGCAGAAAGCUUAGGAAUAGAUCAAGUCUCUUAUUGGCCAUUUUUGUUGGAUUUAGCUUCACCAGGCUUACAACAAAUUCUUCAAAGUCGAUGGACUUUAAUUCAAAUCAGCCAUGCAACGAAACAGUUUCAACAUGAAAUAUUCACUCCUGUACAAAUAAUAAUGAUGAAAUUGUUGAAUAAGUCCAUGCCUGAAUCAACAAAAUGUUAUCAGUUAUUAAAUAAAUUGAACAGUAUGAAAAUUCAACUCAUGUCAUAUAAUGGUCAUGAUUUAAUGGAAGAUUUUUAUUCCGAGUUAAAAAUUCAACCAAGACAAAGUCUUUUAAUGCAAUUAGUUCAAUUUAAUAAUUUUUUAUCUAAGAAAGCAUUAUCUACAGAUUUGUCGAAAUUAAUUCCAGAUCAUGGUCUUAGUUCUGGAGGUAGUAAACUUUUUCAAUAUAUCGAAAGUUCUAAUAUAAUAGAAAUUUCACUUCUGCUGUUACAAUGGCCUUAUUUUAUGCCAGAUUUAUCAAUACCUAGAUAUUUAAAUUUUGGAUAUUUAUGGUAUUCACUGGCAAAAAUUAUUUCAGGUAUACUGAUUGAUGAUAAUUGUUUGGAUGUAAACAUUUUCCAUCAAGAUGAACCGGAUGAAUUUAAUCAAUAUGUUCGGAAAUUUCUGCUGGAUUCAAAAUUUUUGGAUCAAUGGCUAAUUUGGUCUAAAACAUCAAAUGUCUUUCAAGCAAUUUUAGCAAUCGAAAUCACAGGUCGAAUAUAUAAAAAUUAUCUAUCUGUGAAUCAUCAUCAACCAGACUCUAAUUUGCCAGGAAUAUUUUUUACAAAUAAAGAAUUAUUCUAUCAAUCGAUAUUUCAAUUGAUUUGCCCUGGAUUUGACUAUGCCAAUAUUAUAACACAUAAUCAUGUUUUAUUACAUAGUAUCGAUGAGUGUGAUGCAAUUCGUACAGCAAUAAAACUAUCACCAACAUUUAGAUGGUUUAUGGAAUGUCCAUGA